AUGAAACAUCUUCUUGAAGUUUUUUCCACGAGUGUUGAAAAGGCAUUUGCAGAAGCCGAUAAAAACAAGUCUGGUUAUCUAACACUUGCCGAACUUCGUUCAAUUCUUGAAAAAGCCGAUGGAAAAAUUCGUGCAUUACCAGCAACAGCUCAAGCUGCAUCACAGGAAGGUCGUUAUGUAGCUGAUCUACUUAAUCAAUUAACUGAUAUACAAUUAAAUAAUUUUGAACAACAAAAUUUAAAAUCAUUCCACUAUAAACAUAUGGGUUCAUUAGCAUAUGUUGGUGGUGAUGAAGCAGUACUUGAUUUUACUGGUACAAGACCACUUCUUAAUAUAUUUGAUUUAAAACCAAUAUCGGGUCGUAGUGCUGCUUAUUUAUGGAAAUCAUUUUAUCUUACUGAAAUGUUUACUGGACGAACGAAAACAUUACUUGCAUUUGAUUGGGUUCGUACUCACUUAUUUGGACGAGAUAUUAGUCGAUAUUAA